CGAGAAAGUGCGUGAUAUGCUUGAAAGAGGACAUCAGGUCAUGGUCUUCGUGCAUUCGCGGAAAGAUACGGUCUUAACUGCUCGAAUGUUGAAACAAAUGGCUGCUGAUGAGGGCUGUGAGAACCUCUUCAGCUGCCAGGAUCAUGAAAACUACUCAAACGGGCUCAAGGAUAUGAAACAUGCUCGUGCUCGUGAGUUGCGGGAUCUUUUCGCCAGUGGUUUCGGAACUCAUCAUGCUGGAAUGAGCCGGAGCGACCGUAACUUGAUGGAACGUAUGUUCUCCGAAGGCCUGAUUAAGGUUCUUUGCUGUACCGCUACACUGGCAUGGGGUGUCAACCUUCCUGCUGCGGCAGUUGUCAUUAAGGGAACACAGUUGUACAAUCCCCAGGAGGGAAAAUUCGUCGACCUUGGCAUUCUCGAUGUCCUUCAGAUCUUCGGUCGUGCUGGUCGUCCCCAAUUCCAAGAUACGGGUAUCGGCUUCAUCUGUACCACACAUGAUAAGCUGCACCAUUAUCUCUCAGCGGUGACAUCCCAACAGCCGAUUGAGUCUCGUUUCUCCAGCCGACUUGUAGACAAUCUAAAUGCCGAGAUUUCGCUUGGCACGGUCACGUCCGUCCCAGAAGCUGUACAAUGGCUAGGAUAUUCUUACCUCUUUGUGCGCAUGAAGCGGGAGCCUCGGAAUUAUGGCAUUGAGUGGGCUGAAAUACGUGAUGAUCCCAUGUUGGUCCAAAGACGUCGACAGUUGAUUAUUCAGGCUGCCCUCGUAUUGCAAAAGAGUCAAAUGAUCAUCUUCAAUGAACGGACAGAGGAACUCCGAGCAAAGGAUGUUGGCCGCAUUGCAAGCCAGUACUACGUCCUGCAGACCAGCAUUGAAAUUUUCAACGAAUUAAUGCGUGCCGAGGCAGGAGAAGCAGACGUGCUGAAAAUGAUCAGUAUGAGCGGUGAAUUCGACAAUAUUCAGUCGAGAGAAAACGAGUCAAAGGAGCUGAACAGGCUACGAGAAGAGGCCGUUCAGACAGAGAUAGAGGGUGGAAACGAUUCUCCUCAUGCAAAGACCAAUAUUCUGCUACAGUCCUACAUUUCGCGUGCUAAAGUUGAAGACUUCGCAUUGGUAUCGGAUACCGGCUAUGUUGCACAAAAUGCAGCUCGUAUAUGCCGCGCUUUGUUUAUGAUUGCAUUGAACCGGCGUUGGGGUUACCAAUGCCAAGUCCUGCUGUCGAUGUGCAAGUCCAUUGAGAAACAGAUCUGGCCUUUCGAUCACCCAUUCCAUCAGUUCGAUCUUCCCCAGCCUAUCCUCAGAAAUCUGGAUGAGAGGCUGCCCAGUUCCUCUAUUGAAUCGAUGAGGGACAUGGAUGUUGCAGAGAUUGGGCAGCUGGUUCACAACCAGAAAAUGGGCAAGACUCUAGCAAAAUUGUUAGACAAUUUCCCUACCCUCAGCGUGGAGGCUGAAAUCGCACCUCUGAACCGCGACGUUCUGCGUAUCCGCCUAUGCCUUUAUCCCGAGUAUACUUGGAAUGACAGGCAUCAUGGAGCUUCAGAAUCGUACUGGAUCUGGGUAGAGAACUCGGAAACUUCCGAGAUCUACCAUCAUGAGUAUUUCAUCCUCAGCCGGAAGAAGCUCCAUGACGAGCACGAGCUCAACUUCACCAUCCCGCUUUCGGAUCCAUUACCAAGUCAAAUCUACGUUCGUGCGAUAUCAGAUCGAUGGUUAGGUGCGGAAACGGUAACUCCAGUCUCAUUCCAACAUCUUAUCCGUCCCGACACAGAGAGUGUUUAUACAGACCUUCUCAACCUCCAACCACUGCCGAUUUCUGCUCUCAAAAAUCCUAUUCUCGAAGAACUCUAUGGACAGCGGUUCCAGUUCUUCAACCCAAUGCAAACACAGAUUUUCCACCUUCUCUAUCACACUCCUGCCAACGUCCUCCUAGGCUCCCCUACAGGAAGUGGAAAGACGGUGGCUGCAGAGUUGGCUAUGUGGUGGGCUUUUAGGGAAAAGCCUGGAUCGAAGGUCGUGUAUAUCGCACCCAUGAAAGCCCUCGUCCGCGAGCGAGUCCACGACUGGAAAAAGCGACUCACAGGACCUAUGGGCCUGAAGUUAGUCGAGUUGACUGGUGAUAAUACUCCGGACACACGGACCAUUCGAGAUGCAGACAUCAUUAUCACAACACCUGAGAAAUGGGAUGGUAUCUCUCGUAGUUGGCAGACCAGAGAUUACGUUCGCAAGGUCAGUUUGGUGAUUAUUGAUGAAAUCCAUUUGCUAGGCGGUGACCGAGGCCCUAUUCUUGAGAUCAUUGUAUCUCGGAUGAAUUACAUUGCUUCGCAAUCCAAGGGAUCCGUUCGACUGAUGGGUAUGUCUACUGCUUGCGCCAAUGCCACUGAUUUGGCGAAUUGGUUGGGUGUGAAAGAAGGACUGUACAAUUUCCGGCACUCUGUGCGUCCUGUGCCCCUCGAGAUUUACAUUGAUGGUUUCCCUGAGCAACGUGGGUUCUGUCCACUCAUGCAGUCUAUGAACCGACCAACUUUUCUGGCUAUCAAAAACCACUCUCCAGAAAAGCCUGUGAUUGUUUUCGUCGCUUCUCGUAGGCAGACUCGUCUAACUGCCAAGGAUCUGAUCAAUUAUUGCGGAAUGGAGGAUAACCCUCGUCGAUUUGUACGCAUGUCAGAGGAUGAUUUAGAGUUGAAUCUCGCGCGAGUCAAAGAUGAUGCAUUGCGGGAGGCGCUCAGCUUUGGUAUCGGCCUGCAUCAUGCCGGUUUGGUGGAAUCUGAUCGUCAGCUAGCCGAGGAGCUAUUCGCAAACAACAAGAUACAAAUUCUUGUCGCGACCAGUACACUCGCAUGGGGUGUUAACCUUCCAGCGCACCUUGUAGUUGUCAAAGGAACCCAGUUCUUUGAUGCAAAGAUCGAGGGUUAUAGGGACAUGGACUUAACUGACGUUCUGCAAAUGCUGGGUCGUGCAGGUCGUCCGCAGUUCGACUCGUCUGGUAUUGCUCGCAUUUUCACUCAAGACUCAAAGAAAGCGUUUUACAAGCACUUCUUGCACACCGGGUUCCCGGUAGAAUCCACUUUACACAAAGUCCUCGAUAACCAUUUGGGCGCUGAAGUUUCUGCAGGAACAAUUACAACAAAACAAGAUGCACUUGAUUACCUGACUUGGACGUUUUUCUUCCGGAGACUGCAUAAGAACCCUUCGUACUAUGGCCUAGAGAUCUCGGCCGAGGAGCACAAUACUAUCGCUGCUCAGACUAUAGCGCAGGACUUCAUGAUUGAUCUGGUCGAUAAGUCGCUCGGCGAGUUAGCAGCGUCGUCAUGUGUUGUGCUUGAUUCCGCGACAGGUGAAGUUGACCCGACACCAUUUGGCAAGGUCAUGAGCUACUACUAUUUGUCGCACAAGACAAUUCGGUAUCUCAUGGCUCAUGCAAAGCCGAAUCCUACAUUCCAUGAUGUCUUGAGCUGGAUGUGUUCCGCGACAGAAUUCGACGAGUUGCCUGUGCGACAUAACGAGGAUCUCAUUAAUGCAGAAUUGGCUCAGAAUUUACCACUAUCUGUUGAAUCAAUGGGAGACUUACCAAUGUGGGAUCCCCACGUGAAAGCGUUCUUAUUGCUUCAAGCGUACAUGUCGCGAAUUGAUCUUCCGAUAUCCGAUUAUGUCGGAGAUCAAACCUCUGUUCUAGAUCAGGGCAUCCGUAUUCUGCAGGCCUCAAUCGAUGUCAUGGCCGAGUUAGGUUACCUGCAUGCAUGUCAGAUGCUCAUGUCCCUGCUUCAAUGCAUUAAGUCAGCCAGGUGGCCUGAAGAUAUCCCACUGUCGGUUCUUCCAGGCGUUGGUGUCAGCGCCAAAGGACCCUUCCUCCCAGGUUCCCUUGCUGCGCUCUCAUCUCUACCUAUGACUGCUGUGUCAACUCUCUCCAAGAAACUACAGCUUUCUCCUCCCCAGGCCGCCCAAUUCACCAAAGCUGCCUCAUAUCUGCCGAAUCUAUCGGUGUCAGUCUCCAAGGUCUCGUCAACGGGUAUUAGUGUAUCCUUGACCAGACGCAACCCUGCAAUGGACUCAGAAUACAGAAUCUACGCACCUCGGUUCCCGAAGCCACAAACAGAAGGCUUCUUCUUGAUCGUCUGCAGCGCAGCUUCAGACGGUAAAGACGGAGAACUACUUGCCCUGAAGAGAAUCUCCUGGCCUCCCGUCGGGAAGCAGCGCAAUAACCGUGGCAAGAAUAACGCCGGAUCAAGCAAGCCCGGUGAGAAGAACAAUCAAAGAGGCGGACCUCCGCUCACAAUCCGGUCAUCCGUCAAAUUCCCAGACACGGCAGCUAAGAACGGCAUCAAGGUCAAGGUCAUCAGCGAUUCGUAUCCUGGCAUGGAAUGGACUCUGCCGAAUGUGGAAGUGGAUAUGGGUCCUGAAAAACAGGUCGUGCCUGAGUCAGCCAAUUACCCAGAGAAGAGUUGAGUGGUUU